AUGUCACACCCAGCCAGACCACUGACGUCCUCCUGUCUCUCUAGCACGACGGUCCAGUCUCUCAGCUGGUCCACCAACGACCGCUACCUCCUCAGCGCGGGGCAGGACUGGAAGGUGGUGCUUUGGGACCUCAAGGAUGGCUCACGAGUGCGCACCGUCCGCUUCGAGGCGGCCAUUUUCAUAGCGGAGCUACAUCCAAAUAAUCAUAUGCUCUUCGUCGCUGCCCUCUUCGAAGACCAGCCCGUCAUCGUCGACAUCUCCGGCGAAAUCCCCGUCAAACACUCCAUCUCCUCAGCACCUCGUCGCUCACAGCUCGAGCGCGAGAAUGCUACAGAAAAGCAGACGGCCCAGGACGCGAAGCAGACCACCACCAUGACCCUCUUCACCCCCUCGGGCCAUUUCAUCAUAGCAGGCACCAACAAGGGCUGGCUCAACAUCAUCGACACCGCCACCCACCAAGUCCGCUACUCGUUCCGCGUCACCAACAACAUCAUCGUCUACAUUCGCAUGACACCCUCUGGGAGAGACGUCGUCAUCAACUCGAGUGAUCGUAUAGUGAGAACACUCCAUUUGCCCGACCUCAGCGACCCCAAUUUCGACUUUGACACCCUCCAACUCGAAGUCGAACACAAGUUCCAAGAUUUGGUACAGCGACUCUCAUGGAAUCAUGUCUCUUUUAGCCCGACGGGUGAAUACGUCACAGCAUCGACCUGGAUGAACCACCACAUCUACGUGUGGGAGCGUGCCCAGGGCAGUCUCGUCAAGAUUCUCGAAGGCACCAAGGAGGAGCUAUCAGUCGUAGAAUGGCAUCCUUUCCGCCCCUUCGUCGCCGCCGUCGGCGUAGACUCGGGCCGCGUCUGGCUCUGGUCCAUUCUCCAGCCCCAGCGCUGGUCCGCGCUAGCCCCCGACUUCCUCGAAGUAGAAGAAAACGUCGAAUACAUUGAGCGCGAAGACGAAUUCGACAUCCAGCCGCUCGAAGAACUCCACAAGCGACGCCUCAAUCAGGAAGACGAGGAAGUCGACGUCCUCACCAUUGAACCCGUCAAGGCGUCGUCCGCCAUCGAGUUCGCACCCACAUCCCAUGACGAAGAAGCAGAGUUUCGAAUGCCAGUGAUUUUGGAUAUCGAGGCGAGCGAUAGUGAGGACGAGGUGGUUGCCGUGGGCGCCGGCCAAUUUAGACGCAGGAGCCCGGGCGCAGGCAGGGAGUGGAUGAAUGAUGAUGUUCCUCUGAGUGGGGACGAGGCGCGCAGAGCAAAUGGCACGCCGGCGGCGAAUGGCGCCAAGAGAAGGAGAGCGGGCUAA